GUGAUGCUAUUAAGAAUUCUUUCCCAAUCGAUAUUAGUAGUAAAGUGAUUAUUGAACAUUUCAGAUAUGAGAUUUGGAAGAAGAAGCAGAAUGCCUUUAGCAAUAUUGAUGAUAGUGAUUUGAAGCUAUGGAAGGUCUCUAUUCCUCCAAUAAUAAAAAACAACUUUAGCAAAUCUAAUACUUACAUUCAAGUAUUUGUACAACUGCUUGCAACUAUUAGUAAGUGUCUUACCUCUAGCAUGAGUGGCACAGAAAAAUUUUUGAGCAUGCCCAGAAGGCAUGCUCUUUAG